ACUGGUCUGGGGCGGGAGGAAAAGGGGGAAGGGCAGCGCGGGGGCAUCAUUGUGCGUUUCGCUGCGGAACAGACAGACAGACGCGCAUCUUCCUCACCAGCGGACAGCGGCUUGUUUUCAGGCCCAGCUGCAACAGCUCUGACUAUGACAAAAGAGGAGAACCUGGAGGUGCAGGAGAAGGAGAGGCACGACCACGAGGAGCAGGAGGAGGGAAGGACCCAGAAGGAGGAGGAGGAGGCUCUGACGGAGGAGGAGGAGGAGGAAGAAUAUGAGUUAGAAGAAGAGAGGGAGGAGCAGGAGAAAGCUGAGGUGGACAAAGAUGAGGGGGAUGAACAGGAAGAGGAGCGGGAGGAAGAGGAGGAGGAGGAGGAGGAGGCGCCUCCUGCUGAGCAGGAGCCUGAGCCGCCGUCCAUAACUGAGUUCCAGAGUCCGGUCCAUGAGCCCCGGCGCCGAGCCAUGGUGCAUCCAUCUGCGCAAGCACCACUGCCGAAGGACUACGCCUUCACCUUCUUUGACCCAAACGACCCGGCCUGUUUAGAGAUCCUCAUGGACCCUCGGACCACCAUUCCAGAACUGUUCGCCAUCGUCCGCCAGUGGGUUCCUCAAGUCCAACACAAAAUCGACAUUAUCGGCAAAGAGAUCCUGAAACGAGGUUGUCACGUGAACGACCGCGACGGUUUGACCGACAUGACGCUGCUUCACUACAGCUGUAAAGCUGGAGCUCAUGGAGUCGGUGACCCGGCGGCAGCGCUGCGUCUCUCCGCUCAGCUGAUCUCCCUGGGCGCUGAUGUGAGUCUGAGGAGUCGCUGGACCAACAUGAACGCCCUGCACUACGCUGCGUACUUUGAUGUGCCGGAGCUCAUCCGUGUUCUGCUGAAAGCAGCUAAACCCAGAGUGCUGAACUCCACAUGCAGUGACUUCCACCAUGGAACUGCUCUGCACAUCGCUGCCUGCAACCUCUGCCUGGGUUCCGUCAAAUGUCUGCUGGAACAUGGAGCUAAUCCCACCGUUCGGAACGAUAAAGGUCAGGUUCCGGCAGAGGUAGUUCCAGACCCGAUGGACAUGAGCCUGGACAAGGCUGAGGCGGCCAUGGCGGCCAAAGAGCUGAAGCAGCUGCUGCUGGAUGCCGUCCCGCUCAGCUGCAACCUUCCCAGAGCUACGCUCCUCAACUACGACAACAUCCCGGGAAACCUGAUGCUAGUCUCUUUGGGGCUAAAGCUGGGAGACCGUGUGGUGCUGGACGACAAUAAGACGGGAUCUCUGAGGUUCUGUGGAACAACUGAGUUUGCCAGUGGUCAGUGGGUCGGGGUGGAGCUGGACGAGCCAGAGGGAAAAAACGACGGCAGUGUUGGCGGUGUGCGUUACUUCAUCUGCCCUCCAAAGCUGGGCAUUUUCGCUCCUGUUUCAAAGAUUUCUAAGGCUGUGGAUCAGAUGCCAUCGUCUGUCACCUCCACCCCCAGAACCCCUCGCAUAGACCUGGCUUCACGCCUCGCUGGGAAGACCAAGAAAGAAAAAGAGAAGAAAGAGAAAGAAAGAGCCCAGAAGAAGAAGUCUUUGGCUGCCAAUUUGGAUCCAGAGGGAACAAACGUAGAAGUGGGGGAUCAGGUCCUGGUGGCCGGUCAGAAGAAUGGCAUCGUUCGCUUCUAUGGGAAAACAGACUUUGCUCCAGGUUACUGGUUUGGCAUCGAGCUGGACCAGCCCACAGGCAAACAUGACGGCUCUGUGUUUGGAGUGCGCUACUUCAGCUGUCUGCCCAAAUAUGGAGUGUUUGCUCCACCCUCUCGCGUCCAAAGAAUUGGAGGUCCGAAAGACGGAUCACAGAACAACUCCAUGGUCAAGAAAGUCCACCAGGUCACCAUGUCUCAGCCCAAGAGGAACUUCAACACAAUGCGAUCUCCUAAAGACCUGACAUCAGAGAACUCCUUAUCCAGAUUGCUGUUCUGCUGUUGGUUUCCAUGGAUGCUUCGCGCUGAGAUGCAGUCCUAAAGCCGCUCCUCUUCAUCCUGUAGCCUUUCUUCAGCCACUCUCCGUCUUUGAAAUCUUCAGACUUUCACCGUCGUCAGUCAAACAUCUUGUGGUGAAAUGCCCCCCCCCGUCCCGUCCCCCGUCCCUCUCAACCCAAAUCCUCCUAAUUUAGCUGUUCUAUAGCAAAAUCUAUAGUGCCUUGUAUCUGAUGAAAUGUCCUGCAUUCCUUUGAUGAUUGGAGAAUCACUUCAAGCUCAUUUUUCCCGGAACUCGGCAUCUCACGGUUCCUGCUGGUUUGUGUCCUCCUCGUCUCUUUGUUUGAGCAGAACUUCACUUUUGGCUUCAGUAGUUUUUAGCUGAAUUGAAAUUGUGGCUCAGAACUCUUUGUUUUGUCGCCGUGACUUCAAUGGUUGCUGCAAGUUGCAGUUUGCAAAGAGAACCGAGGCCCAGAUUUGAGUGCAGAGGAGUGUUUUGGUGCAACUGCAGAAAGUAUUGCAGCUGUUCCCGCGUGCUUGUUCCUGUGUUGGACACGUCUGUCCCCUCAGAGGAGCAUGAAGGGACCGAACCCCCACGUUCUGUGGCCAGUCGCUUCACCAGUUUCAUCCGCGAUGGGGAACAGGGUCAGCAGAACUACUUAUCAGGUUCUCUGUAAGCAAACUGGAUUUUGUGUUAAAUGUUUAUAGAAAAAUUUGUAAAAAACAAAAACAAAAACCACACCGUUAGGUCUGCAACUCAUGACUUUUGUUUUAAAGAAAUCAGUGAAAGUUUAUUGUUUUUCCUGAAACUUAGAUCUCUGAAGAGGCAUAAGCUAAAUAUUUGGUUGACCAAAAUGCUAAGCCACCCAAAAAGUCCACAGACUGAACCCUCCAUCUUCAAACCCUCCAUCUUCAAACCCUCCAUCUUCAAACCCUCCAUCUUCAUCCUCCGGUCCUCGUCUGCUGACUUCACGGGACCAAGAAACGUGGCAGAGCUUUGUGUUUUAAGUUAGUUUAUCAGCGGGAUUCUCUUCAACGGCCCCAGGAUCCGAUCCAGCCUCAUCUGAAGCCAUGAAGAGGAAAACUUCAUGAUCAGUGCCCCCGCCCCUUUUCCCAACACCCAGUCCCGGCGGUUUUAUGGUUCCAGCGCUUCAAUAUAAUAAACUGCUUUCUCAUUUCUCCUGAUUUGAAUUGAAAAGAUGGAAAUCUGGAGACGUUUCAAACUUUAGUCUUCAGAGAUCCGGUCCGGUUCAGGGAGGAGGUUUUGAAUCCACUCAAUGCUUCUCUGUGGAAAAUGUGGAGCUUUAUCUGCUUUUUGCCACCAGGUGUCACAGUUUCUCGCACUGAACUGAAACUUCUCGUCAUGUGUUCUUCGUACCGUGGGUUGUUUCAGGCGCCACAGGUUUGAUUUCCGUUGGCUGUGUUCAGGUUCCUGCGUCUUUCCUUCCUUUGAGGCAGCAGCGUUCCUUCCUUCAUCUUUCUGAGGAGGACGUUGUGGAUGGGGGUGCAAAUGCAGCAUCCACCCAAACAUCUCCCUGAUCUGAGAGGAGAAACACUGCCUGAAAGGAACGGAAUGAGCAAAUCCGCUGGUUUUCUUUUGAAAGGACAGCAUAAAGCCUCUAUUUUGAUAACCUCACUAAGUGUACUUUGAGUUGUGUGGCGUUCUUGUGGCGUGCGUUUCUUUGUGCUCGGUUACGGCCCGCGUCUGUGAGGCGCUUCUCAUCUUCAAACGUGUUGGACGUCUGAGUCGGACGCCCUCUUCCCAACAUGCAACACUGCAUGCUCUCUGUCUGUGACUAUCAGCAUGGAAAUGCUUCUGAUGUUAACAACCGUGAAUAUAAUAAAGAAUUGGAUGUUUUUCUA